AGACUUGUAAGACAAGAGAAAGGUGGGAUGUUGAUCGCCAGAUCCUGCCUUCCGGGAGCCCGGUGUCUGCUGCUCUCGCUUCUGCUCCUGACAGUCUGGGAGGCUGCCAGCGGUCAGCUCCAUUACUCGGUCCAGGAGGAAGCCAAACACGGCACCUUCGUGGGCCGCAUAGCGCAAGACCUGGGGUUGGAACUGGAAGACCUGGUGCCCCGCCUAUUUCGGGUAGCAUCCGAGGGCCGCGGGGAUCUUCUGGAGGUAAAUCUGCAGAAUGGCAUUUUGUUUGUGAAUUCUCGGAUCGACCGGGAGGAGCUGUGCGGGCGGAGCGCGGAGUGUAGCAUCCACCUGGAGGUGAUCGUGGACAGACCGCUGCAGGUUUUCCAUGUGGAGGUGGAGGUAAAGGACAUUAAUGACAACCCUCCGAUGUUCUCCGUGACAGAACAAAAGAUCUCAAUACCCGAGUCUAGACUGCUUGACUCUAGAUUUCCGCUGGAAGGCGCUUCUGAUGCAGAUGUUGGAGAGAACGCGAUGAUUACUUAUAAACUCAGUUCAAAUGAGUUUUUCAUUCUUGAUAUUAUAAGCAAAAAAGACAAAGGCAAGUUCCCAGUCCUUGUUUUGAGAAAACUGCUAGACCGUGAAGAAAACCCACAGCUUAAGUUAUUAUUGACGGCAACGGAUGGGGGCAAACCUGAAUUCACAGGAUCUGUUUCUGUGUUCAUUUUUGUGUUGGAUGUUAAUGAUAAUGCUCCUACAUUUGACAGAUCCGUUUAUGAAGUGAAGAUGUAUGAAAAUCAAGCGAACCAAACGUUAGUAAUAUGGCUAAAUGCUUCUGACGCGGAUGAAGGCAUAAACAAGGAAAUGGUGUAUUCUUUUAGCCCUUUGGUCCCACCCAUCAUAAGAAGGAAAUUUUUAAUUAAUGAAAUGACAGGAGAAAUAAAAGUAAAUGAUUAUAUUGACUUUGAAGAUAGAAACAUUUAUGAAAUUCAUGUAGAUGUUUCAGAUAAAGGAACUCCACCUAUGGUUGGUCACUGCACUGUAUUAGUAGAAAUCCUCGAUGAAAAUGACAAUUCUCCUAAGGUAGUUGUCACUUCUUUGGCUCUCCCAGUAGAAGAGAAUGCUCAAGUGGGCACUGUCAUUGCCCUAAUUAGCGUGUCUGACCAAGACUCUGGAGUCAAUGGUCAGGUGAUUUGCUCCCUGACACCCCACAUCCCUUUCAAGCUGGUGUCCACUUUCAAAAAUUACUAUUCUUUGGUGUUGGACAGCACCCUGGAUCGCGAGACCAUAUCUGAGUAUGAUUUGGUGGUGACUGCAAGGGAUGGGGGCUCGCCUUCACUGUGGGCCACAGCCAGCUUGUUGGUGGAGGUGGCAGAUGUGAACGACAAUGCACCAGUGUUUGCGCAGCCCGAGUACACGGUGUUCGUGAAGGAGAACAACCCGCCAGGCUGUCACAUCUUCACGGUGUCUGCGCAUGACGCGGAUGCACGGGAGAAUGCGCUGGUGUCCUACUCUCUGGUGGAGCGUCGUGUGGGUGAGCGUGCGCUGUCGAGCUACGUGUCAGUGCAUGCGGAGAGCGGCAAGGUGUAUGCGCUGCAGCCUUUGGACCAUGAGGAGUUGGAGCUGCUGCAGUUCCAGGUGAGCGCGCGGGACUCUGGUGUUCCACCCCUGGGCAGCAACGUGACUUUACAAGUGUUCGUGCUGGAUGAGAACGACAACGCGCCAGCACUGCUGAGACCUUGGACACAGGGAGCAGGCGGCUCUGUGAGCGAGCUGGUAUCGCGGUCAGUUAGUGCGGGCCACGUAGUGGCGAAGGUGCGGGCGGUGGACGCAGACUCUGGCUACAAUGCUUGGCUGUCUUAUGAGCUGCUACCUGCGAAGGGCAGUCCUCGAAGUCCAUUCCGUGUGGGGCUGUACACAGGCGAGAUCAGCACCACGCGCUUGCUGGAUGAGGCGGACUCACCCAGCCAGAUCUUGCUGGUUCUGGUGAAAGACCACGGUGAGCCGGCACUGACCGCUACUACCACAGUUCUGGUAUCUCUGGUGGAGAAUGGUCAGACGCCAAAGGCCUCUUUGCGAGCGUCAGCUGGAGCUGCGAACGCAGAGGUGGCGUUGGUGGAUAUCAAUGUGUACCUGAUCAUUGCCAUCUGUGCGAUAUCCAGCCUGUUGGUGCUCACGCUGCUACUGUACACCGCACUGCGGUGCUCAGAGGCGCCCACUGAGGGCGCCUGCAGGCCUGGGAAGCCCACGCUGGUGUGCUCUAGCGCCGUGGGGAGCUGGUCAUACUCUCAGCAGAGGAGGCAGGUGUGUUCUGGUGAGAGCCCACCCAAGACUGACCUCAUGGCUUUCAGCCCUAGUAUUCCUCCUGGUUCAGGUUCUGGAGAUAGUGGAGUCCAACAGGAGAUCUUUGAAAAUGUGAGUACAGCAAUACUGUGA